GGAAGUGCCUUCCCCGUAAAGAGAUGGAUCCGGAAGAUGCUGAAGACGUGGCCGCUGAAUUGCAAGGCAAGAAAAUUGACGGUUGGAAUGUUUUGCAAAUUGCAGCCGGCACCGGCUUGACGGCCUAUAUCGUGUGGGCAGGAAUUCUUAUGCCGGGUUUUCGCAAAGUGCCCUUAAAACUGCAGGUCCCCUACAUCCCCGCAAGCGCUCAACAAGUCAAGAACGUCAUGCGGUUGUUCAAAGGGCGUUCGGGGAAGAUCGUAGAUCUGGGCUCUGGGGAUGGCAGAAUUGUCCUGGAAGCUUACAAACAAGGCUUCAGGCCAGCUGUUGGCUAUGAACUCAAUCCGUGGCUGUUGCGUCUUUCCAGCUAUCGGGCGUGGAAAGCUGGGUGUUACGGAAAGGUUUCUUACUACAAGGAAGAUCUUUGGAAGGUGAACUUAUCCGAUUGUCAGAAUGUAACCGUGUUCCUGGCCCCUAGUGUGCUGAUGUUUCUGGAGAAAAAGCUGCUGAUGGAACUUCCAGAAGAAGCUCGUGUGGUGGCUGGGCGGUUUCCUCUCCCCAACUGGACCCACACUGACACAGCUGGAGAAGGUGUGAACCAAGCCUGGGCAUACGAUGUCAAGAUGAUCCGGCAACUGAAGAAGGAUAAGCUAGAAGGGAGUCCAGUGUGAGAAUAAGUCACCUUGGAUAUGCCAGUUUCUCAAAAAAAAAACCAACAACAACAACCCAAUGCAUCUUUGCUGGCUGAUGGGCCAUUAAGAAGAUUCCUUUCUCCUUUGCUGAAUCAACAGCCUAUUUAAGCUGAGGAGUGGUAGGUUUUUAGGAGGAAAAA